GCGGGACUACCUGCUCCGCCGCCUCGUACAGACUGGUCUGGGUGGGCCGCGGCUACGGUUGCCAUUCCCGGCUCCGUUCUAUGUGCCGGUGCUCCAACUGCUGCUGUUUACGGCACCGGCGGCGCUGGGUGCACCGCUGAGCCUGCUGCUAGCCGCGCGGCCAGCAGCUCUGCUGGUCGGCGGCUGCGUGCUGCUGCUGGCGAUGGUUCUGCAGACAGUCGGCGCGCUUGCCGCCCGCCACGCCGCCACCGCCCAGGAAGAGGCCAAGACCAGCAUGCUGGCGCAGGACGAUGAGGUGGAGUUUCACGGCUUGUGCCGUUGGACCACCUGGGGAUUCAUGGUGCCAGGAAAGCGGCGCGUGGUGAGCGUGGUGCUGCACCCGGUGGCAGCCGGCCUAGUGGCGGCGGCCGCGACGUUCGCCCUCGCUCCCGCCAACUUCGACAACAUCGUCAGCCGAGGCUCGGCGAUGGUGGCCGUGUUCCCCGUGCUGGGCUGGUUCAGUGUCUGCGCGGCGCUGUACUCGCUGACGGUGGCCCGGCCGCCGGAGCCGGCCACGCUGCAGGCGCUGGACGAGUGGGACCUGGCCGCAUUCAACAGGCCCCUCCACGUCCUGCUACUCACCGUGCCGCUGCUGGUGAUCAAGCUCGGGCGCCUGUCUCCGGCUCCUGAUUGGCUGCUGACGUGUGACGUCGUCUGCCGGCUGACCAUCUGCGCGCUGCCGCUGCUUUGGCUGGGCGGAGUCCUGCCGCCCUGGGACGUCGCCAUUGAGCUGCAGCGCGUCUACUGCUGGAGUCUGGUGCGGAACUGCGCGUACCGGCCGGCCGGCCAGGGCGGCCGGCUGCGCUGGCUGCGGCAGGCUGCCGUCAGGUUCCACACGCUGGUGAGCCCGCUGCUGCUGGUCAUGUACGUGACGUGGGCGACGGAGACGGACCCCCGGCCGCCGGCCGGCUCCCUCGAGGACGGCCUGCUCGCCGUCUGCCUGCUGCGCUGCUACCGCUGGAUCUGGCAAAACCCCGAGGCGGCGCUACCGGAGGCCUGCGCCGUGUUUUUGCUGCGCCUGGUGUGGCCCGCGGCGGCUGCGUGGCGGCCAGAGCUGGAACUAACUGUCGUCAGCUGGCUCCACAACCGGCUGACGCAGCUCUGGUUCAAGCUGUACAUGUGCCUCGUGCUGCAGGCCACGUGGCUGGUGGUGAAGGAGAGGCGUCGCGGCUACAUCCUGCUCGCCGUGAACGUGCUGCUGCUGCCGAUGACGGCGCUGCUGUUGGCCGGCUCGUGCGCACUCUCGGCGCCGCUGCUGCCGCUGUGCACACUGCCGUUGUUCGUGCCUACGUUCCCGCGCCGGUUGGGCGGCCGCCAGGCGGGCCGCCCUCAGUCGGCCGGCCCCGACGCCGUCUACUACCGUCAGAUGGCAGCACCGACGGCGGAGCGGCUCGGUCGCGCUGUCCGUAUGGGCUGCGCAGGUUUUGUGCAGGCAGGAGACUAUUUGCUGCUGAGAUUCGAGGACCGCCUUAUGUGGGUUUACGUGGCUGAAAUGGGAAAUGGAUACAUCUACUUCAGCAUCAAGGGUCUGGAGCUGCAGGAGACCUCGUGUCACGCGGCCGAGGCCACGCGCGUGGACGCCAUCUUCGACGCGGCGUUCGACGAGGACCGCAUCGCCGAGGCGCCGGGCCGGCUGGCGCCGUUCUGGUUCCACACGCUGAGCCCGCUCACGCAGCUGCAGGUACCGGGCUACUCGGACGCGCGGAGCCAGCUGACCGGCGUCAUCGACAACAGCGCCACGCUCGCCGCUGUCGAGGAGCUCUUCCCCAAGCGUGAGGACAGCAUCGAGCGGUACCGCACGGCAUUGAGCUCGCCGGUGCCUCCGCCGCUGGUGGCCGACGUGGGCGAGUGGUCGGACGGCUCGCAGGGCUCGCUGCUCUUCGAACCGAAGAAGCCGGCUGGCUUGACGCUGAGCGCCGCGCCCUGGCUGCGGCAGAUGCUCGACGACGAGGAGCCGGCGGACUUCUGGCUGCGCGCGCUCGGCCGGCUCCUCGGCGUCGGCGAGCAGGCGAUGAGGGAGCUCGGAGGGGAGGAGGGCGCCGAGAAGCUCCAGGAGGACUACUCACUUCUCUGUCAGCUGAUUGACACGGCCUACCACGGCACCGCCAGAGAGAUCGAGGUCAGCUCCACGCCCGACCGAGUGCUCGGCCUGUACAGAAGCGGCCCAGCCGCCGACGGCCCCGGGGUCAGCUGGCUCCGCGGCUGUCCGACGGUGGCCUCGCUCGCCCAGAGGGCCUACAGAUGGUCGCUGAAGCUGGCGUUGGACUCUGUGCUGCUGGGCGGUCUGGAUUCGGACGACGAGCUGCUGGACACGCUGGAGGAGUACGCGGCCAGCUGGUACAUCGGCCUGGACGCCGACCCGGGCUGGCGCGACGCCGUGCUGGAACAGACGCCCUUUCUCUUCUCGCUCGGCUACGACGACGUUCGAAACACGUACACCUCACACCUGCUGAGCCUGGGCGACCAGACGGUGUCUGUGGGUCGGCUGAGUGGCGAGCUGGUGCGCGGCGUCUGGGCCAGCCUCGCGCUCGAGCUGCUCUACGUCACCAACGAUGACGAGGAGCGCUAUAGCAUCCAGGCGCACUCCACCAUCCUGCGGAACUUGACGGUGCAGGCGGCCGACCCCCCGCUCGGUUACCCUGUGUACGCGGGCGAGCCGCUCCGCAGUAGCCACGUCUAG